AACUAAUCACCCAGCGGGAUGGAAGGGGGCUAGGUGGGAGGGGCGGGGGACGGCAGAUCUAUUUUUUUUUUUUAAAUCAAUUUUAUGUUUUUUUAAUUUGCGAGGAGGACUUGUGAAAAAUGCACUGUUGGAUAAGCUAGAAUACAUUUCGCAGGCCGCCAUCUGCCAUGACUCGAUCUGCAGAUCCCCAACACCGCCGGUCCGUUGACCUCGUUCCCAGCACUUUUUGACGCCCUCAUGACUCCAUACCGCCUGGCGUUGAGUAACCCGGUCAACUUCCUUUUGCUGCGGUAGGGGCCGCGGACCUGGGACUCCCCAGAGUCAAGUUUGAUGCAUGGAUCCCAGCAGGACUGGGAACAGAAGCAUGAGGAGGAACAUGUUCCUCUGGUGGAUCUUACCGCUUAUUCCCCAAGGAUUUGUUCGCCAAGUCCGAGGAGAACUUCCUUUUAUGCCGGGAAACAACGCUGCCAUGCUGGUCAACUGGAAUGCUGUUGACGGAAACAAGAAGUUGUUCGCCAUCUAUGACACAAGCAGCGUCAACGAGCCGGGCAACAUGUCUUUCGUGAAGGAGACGGUGGAUAAACUCCUCAAGGGCUACGACAUCCGACUGCGGCCGGACUUCGGAGGCGCUCCCGUGGCAGUCGGGAUGAGCAUAGACGUGGCCAGCAUAGACAUGGUGUCUGAAGUCAACAUGGACUACACGUUGACAAUGUAUUUCCAGCAGUACUGGAGGGACAAACGUCUGGCCUACGUCGGAAUCCCUCUCAACCUCACCUUGGAUAACAGAGUAGCAGACCAGCUGUGGGUACCGGACACCUAUUUCCUCAAUGACAAGAAGUCCUUUGUCCACGGAGUCACCGUCAAAAACCGCAUGAUCCGUCUCCAUCCAGAUGGAACCGUUCUUUACGGCCUUAGGAUAACUACGACAGCAGCAUGCAUGAUGGAUCUCAGGAGGUAUCCCUUGGAUGAGCAGAACUGCACUCUGGAGAUCGAGAGCUAUGGCUACACCACAGACGACAUCGAGUUCUACUGGAAGGGAGGCUCCACGGCCGUCACGGGGGUGACGCGCAUCGAGCUGCCGCAGUUCUCCAUUGUCGACUACAAGUUGGUUUCCAGAAACGUGGUGUUUUCCACAGGUGCCUACCCUCGGCUCUCCCUGAGCUUUAAGCUGAAGAGGAACAUCGGCUACUUCAUCCUACAGACGUACAUGCCAUCCAUCCUGAUCACCAUCCUCUCCUGGGUCUCCUUUUGGAUCAACUACGACGCCUCGGCCGCCAGGGUGGCUCUAGGGAUCACCACGGUGCUGACCAUGACCACCAUCAACACUCACCUGAGAGAGACGCUGCCCAAGAUCCCGUACGUGAAGGCCAUCGACAUGUACCUGAUGGGCUGCUUCGUCAUGGUCUUCCUCGCCCUCCUGGAGUACGCCUUCGUCAACUACAUCUUCUUCGGGCGGGGUCCUCAGAUGCAAAAGAAGCUGGCCGAAAAGGCGGAAAAGGCCAACAACGAGAGGGCGGCAAAGUAUGACGCCGCCAGGGAGGCAGGUAGUAGGGCGGCAUCCCUAAAACGCUCCAAUCAGUUUAGAGGCCUUCGCCACUCACGCUCGGCGGAGCCGGGCCACGGGAACAUCCUGCUGACCACCUUGGAAAUCCACAACGAGGUGGCGGGAGGGGAGAUCACCACCAGCGUGGCGGACAUCAGAAACUCUCAGUCCAUGGUGCAGCUGGACAGCGCCGCCUCGUCGCACAUCCAGUACCGCAAGCAGAGCGGCGGCAACGUCCAGCGCUCGGCCGCCGGCCAUUCCUUGGACCGGGCGGCCCAGAUGAAACGCAGCCGCCUGCGGAGGCGGUCGUCGCAGCUGAAAAUCAAAAUCCCCGACCUGACGGAUGUAAACGCCAUCGACCGUUGGUCACGGAUCAUCUUCCCCUCCGUUUUCUCCCUUUUUAACCUCAUCUACUGGCUCUACUACGUCUGAUCAGACUCUUGUUGUCGCUCUCUCUGUCCUUUACUUUCUUUCCAUUCGGUUUCUCUGUGCUUUUCUACAUACAUUAACUCUUACCAACAGACUAAAGACUGAGGAGAUUCUGGACCAAGUACUCAUCGGAUAACUUUUUAUAUUUGCCGUCCUUAACUCUGUUUUUCUUUUCUAUCGUGUGUGUGACCGUCGUCUCCCAUUCAACCAGCAAAAAAACGAAUUUCUAACCCAUUAACUUUAUACGGUACCACGCAGGUGAUCAGAUAAGUGCAGGCAAAUCCUAAAAAAAUUAAAUCCUUUUAAACGACAUGUUUGAUUGGUACCCUAUGCACUGUUAAUGCAUGUAAUGAUCUGCCGACGUGGUCCUCUUUUACCGACAGUUUCGACUUCACACUCUCAGGCUGUCAAGUGUUUACUAUUCCCGGCAUCAUUUUGGUCAACCAGAGGAACGACAACGACAAGAAAGCACAAGACUGAACAACUACUGCCGUUCUAUCGCCGAUUCCGAGUAAACAGCGGACCAAAUUCGGACCCAAAUCGAUCAGCUUAGGGGCUUUCAGGAUCGCAUCCACCUCAACCGGCAGUUUAUUGAUUUCGUAGCUUCUUCGAGUAACCCCAUAAAUGUGUGCUUGUGCUAUAAAUACAUUUUAGGGGUGCACGAUACGUAGGAAUAAUGAAUGAGGGUUGCCCCUUUGUCACCGAUUCUGUUCAUAACUGUUAUGGACAGAAUUUCUAGGCGCAGUCAACGCGUUGAGGGUAUCUGUUUGGUGGCUGCAGGAUUAGGUCUCUGCUUUUUGCAGAUGAUUUGGUCUUGAUGGCUUCAUCUGGCCAAGAUCUUUAGCUCUCACUGGAUCGGUUCGCAGCCGAGUGUGAAGCGACUGGGAUGGGAAUCAGCACCUUGUCUGAUUGUACGAUCAGUGUCAGAGCUUGGUCCGCAUUGCCGGCAGUAAGUCGGACACGUUUCCAGUGAGAGUUUGACUCCGCCAAAGCUGCCGUUUGUCACUGAUUCUGUUCAUAACUUUUAUGGAUAGAAUUUCUAGGCGCAGUCAAGGCGUUGAGGGAGAUCCGGUUUGGUGGCUGCAGGAUUAGGGUCUCUGCUUUUUGCAAAUGAUGUGGUCCUGAUGGAUUCAUCUGGCUAGGAUCUUCAGCUCUCACAGGGUCGGUUCGCAGAAGCGACCAGGAUUAGAAUCAGCACCUCCAAGUCCGAGUCCAUGGUUCUCUCUCGGAAAAGGGCGGAGUGCCAUCUCCGGGUUGGGGAGGAGACCCUGCCCCAAGUGGAGGAGUUCAAGUACCUCAGAGUCUUGUUCACAAGUGAGGGAAUUGAAGAUCGUGAGGUUGACAAGCGGAUCGGUGCGGCGUCUUCAGUAAUGCGGACCCUGUAUCGAUCCGUUGUGGUGAAGAAGGAGCUGAGCCAGGAGGCAAAGCUCUCAAUUUACCGGUCGAUCUACGUUCCCAUCCUCAUCUAUGGUCAUGAGUUUUGGGUUAUGACCGAAAGGACAAGAUCACGGGUACAAGCGGCCGAAAUGAGCUUCGUCCGCCGGGUGUUGGGGCUCUCCCCUAGAGAUAGGGUGAGAAGCUCUGCCAUCCGGGAAAACUCAAAGUAAAGCCGCUGCUCCUCCACAUCGAAAGGAGCCAGAUGAGGUGGUUUGGGCAUCUGUUCAAGAUGCUACCCGAACGUUUUCCUAGGGAGGUGUUUCGAGCACGUCCGACCGGUAGGAGACCGCGGGGAAGACCCAGGACACAUUGGGAAGACUUUGUCUCCCGGCUGGCCUGGGAAUGCCUCGGGAUCCCCCGGGAGGAGCUGGACGAAGUGGCUGGGGAGAGGGAAGUCUGGGCUUCCUUGCUUAGACUGCUGCCCCCGCGACCCAACAUAGGAUAAGCGGAAGAACAUGGAUGGAUGGAUGGAAUUACAGAUAGGAUUCCAAUUCCUUGGGUGACGAUUGGAUUCAGAAUCGAUUGCCAAAUCAAACUGAUUCUCGCAAAAUGUUAUUCGGUUUAGAAAUCUUAAUAAAACUCUUUUGAGACAAACUACAGGAUGCAAGUAAAUGGUAAAGGGGUUACACGUGUAUAGCGCUUUUCUACCUUCAAGGUACUCAGAGCGCUUUAACACUAUUUCAACAUUCACUCAUUCACACACUGAUGGCGGGAGCUGCCAUGCAAGGCCCUAACCUCGACCCAUCAUACAUGCCAACCUUGAGACUUCCAAAUUCGGGAGAUGGUGGAACGGCGGGGUUGAGGUGGGGGUGUGUAUAUUGUAGGGUGCUGUAAGGGGUUCUGGGUAUUUGUUCUGUUGUGUUACGGUGCGGAUGUUCUCCCAAAAUGUGUUUGUCAUUCUUGUUUGGUGUGGGUUCACAGUGUGGCGCAUAUUUGUAACAGUGUUAAAGUUGUUUAUACGGCCACCCUUAGUGUGACCUGUAUGGCUGUUGACCAAGUAUGCUUUGCAUUCACUUAUGUGUGUAAAAGUUGCAUAUAUUAUGUGACUCGGCCGGCAAGCUGUUUGUAUGGAGGAAAAGCGGACGUGACGACAUGUUGUAGAGGACGCUAAAGGCAAUGCAUUUAAGACACGCCCCCAAUAUAGUUGUCCUGGUGGGAUAUCGGGCAAAAUCCGGGAGAAUGGCACUGAAAUUCGGUUUGAAUCAAGAAUAGUGUUGUAUCAAGAUUGUUGUAUGAUUCCCAUCCCUAUCGGUUACAUGUCAGAUGUACAUUUACCGAAAAUGGCCCAAAAAUAUUGAAAUUAACUUGCCAACUCAACAUAUUAAUAGUGGUGCUCAAAAAUGAAAUUGCCAUUUUUUAUUUGCGAUUGUAUUUUUAAGAAUCCAUUUUUUUCUCUUUUUUUUUUUUUUUUUUAAGAAUCCAUUUUUUAGAAUACCUUUCUUAGUCUAUCGCCAAGCUUACUCGCCGCGCGUUCAUGUCAUACGUCAGCAGCCAAGAGGAGCAUUUGUAACCUAUUUUGAAAUGUUGUAUACUGAAUAUACGAUUUGCAAUAUCGGUAGGAAUUGCGUGGGAAUGUCCUAUGAGCGCAAGCCGCCGAUACGCAAGAGUGGAACUGAAAUGCUCGAGUGUCCAAGUUGAAUGGAUUGUGUGGAUGUUAGAACGGUUCGAAUCGGUUGAGAAAUGUGGGAUAUGGAGAGGUUUCUAUAUUGCCCAUUGAUUUUUUUUUUAGCAUUCACACCAAAACGUGAGAAUCAGUUUGAAUGAAGAAUCGCAUUGACUUGAUUCAGAAUCAAAUCGUCACCCCUGGAAUAGGAAUCGAAUGGUGAGUUUUUUAUAUGAUUGUCAUCCCGGUCAACAAUGGAUUUAUAUCCUGUUGCGUUUGACCAGUUCUUCCCCCCAGCGAAUUUAAACGACUGGUCUCUCCCAAGUUCUUUCGAUGACACAUAAGCUGGUUAUAAAUGAAUCCCAGGCAGAGUUGCUCAUUUUGAUAUUUUAUUACCAAAGCUUUGGGAGACCAAUCUAGAUACAACAACCUUUCAAUUGCAUUGCCCAGAUUGAUCUGCCUCUACUACGGAAGUUUCGCCUCUUACUCCCUUUCACCUGCCCGCCUUCUACUCCUCUCCCCCUCCUCCUAGCCUGGGACAUUUGAGAUAAAAAGAGUGUUAUGACUUCUCGCUACAUUCUAACUUUCAAGGCCUAUGCAUGGCCCAUACGUAGCUAUUCUAAAAUAUGACUAGGAUUUGAAAAGAUAUCUAUCUCCAUCAAUCCACACGCCAAUCAAAAAUCGGAAUUAGACCAGUGAAAUACGAGACAAAGUUGGCAUAUGGGCAAACAAAUAUUUUUUAAUGAACAAAUCUGAGACUUCACUACUCAUUAAUAGACGUAACAUAAUAGUGACGUCGUAUUCACUUUUCAGCAACUCAUUGGCCUAGUGGUUAGACUGUCCGUAGUGAGUUCAAACCCUGGCUGAGUCAUACCAAAGACUAGAAAAAAUGGGACCCGUUACCUCCUUGCUUGGCACUCACCAUCAAGGGUUGGAAUUGAGUGUUAAAUCGCCCAAAAAAAAAAAAAAAGGUUCUUGGGCACUGCUCCCCUCACCUCCCAGGGUGUGCUUAAGGGUGAUGGGUCAAAUGCAGAGAAUGUGCAAGGCGUGCACCUGCUACAUGUCCAACAACUAAUAGACAUAAAUCCGUUAUCGGUAUCAGCUUAAAACUGAAAAAUUUAGCAUCCGUAAAAUUUUUGGAGCUGGGUAAGAUAACUUUAAAAAAAUGCUCACCCAUUCAUUUUUUUUUUUUAGGUCUUCAUUUGGUUUCCCGCCCUGUCUUGUUGCGAAUUACGGUACGCAAGAGGAAUGACAUCUAUGUAUAUUUUAAAAUGUAUAUAUAUUAUUAAUAUAUACAUAUAUACAUAUAAUGUGUGCACAACCCUCACUGACAAAAAAAAAUGGAGCGUUGCGUUUGUGCUUUUUAUGCUGGCCAUGAGAAAGGGAAGAAAAAAAAAAAACGUUAUUUUGCCCAAAAAUGAAUGAAUAAAUGGAUUUUCCGUGGCUGACGAAUAACGGGCACAUGCGAGCGCUGAAUGUAUCCGAUCCAUUGUUCUUCAGGUAGAGGAAAAUGAGCCAUGGUCCUAGUUUCUUUCCAUCUGAAUGUAACGCCAUCAUUAUGCACGUGGAGGGGGGGGUGGUACGCACAGUACAUACAGUACACGUGCAAGGUGUCGACUGCUGCAUGUGGCUCAUUGAAAAUAACCAAGGACUUCCAACACAUGAAAAGUUUUCAUUUCCACCCUCGCCCGACUCCUCGACUCCCACACCCAGCUUGGUGCAUGCACAUGUAUUAAAUACGACUUAAGAGAUACUUUUCAACGUGUGAAGGUCUUCAAAUACCUUGAAUGUAUUGUAUACCUGGAUUCUUGCCGUCUGGCUGAGAUCGAACCACUCGAUGGAGGUUCCUUCUCGAUUAUCAUCAUCAUCAUGCCGCUCCUGUUUCUACUGUGUAGACGAGGCUUCACACACACACGUGUGAGGCUGGUUUCAAGGACGCCUCCAUUUGCCGAAGAAAAAAAAAAAUGUAUCCUCUAUUAAAGAAAUAGAGACUGAUAGACGACGAAUGAAGCCUCGGCCGUAUAUUUAAUUUGAUCUGGAAAAAACUCAUUGCUGACAACUUUGAGUUGUUGUGUACCGUGCAUGCGACAACACGUGUGGCGACUUUUUAAAGAGCCUCGCAUCCCGAGCGCCGCCAAACGCUCGCUCAAGGAGGUACGACCACGCCAUGCAGAGAGCUGACUUUUGGCAAACAGAGACAGGAUUCAAAAAUGUUGUAUGGCCUUGGUCCCAUGAUGGAAUGUGAAAUGUUCUGUGCUGCCACAAAAUGUAUUUAGGCUUAGGUUUAUAUUGUAUAUCUCUGUAUGUUUACCUUCCUUUUUUAGUUGAUUAUGUCCAAUAAUCAAAUAAAUGAUUAAUAUUGUAA